AUGGGUGGAUCAACGUCGAGUAUCGUUCAUUCGACUGAUGAAAAUCUUGAAUCGUUGUCACUGAUUUGGCUGGAUGCCAAUGUUGACAACUCCAUAGAAAACGUUGUUAUACAAAACCAACUUCGUUCCAUCGUAAACUAUUUGAAGACAUUUCAAGAUGCAACAGAAUGUGAAAAUUAUAUUCGAUCAAUGCUCGAUGGAGAUAGAGUGUUAUUCAUCGUCAGUGGGCGUCUCGGUCAAUACAUAGUACCUCGUAUUCAUAAACUUCGCCAGAUUCUUGCUAUCUAUGUCUUCUGCUGUAGGGAACAGGACCAUAAAGAAUGGGCUAAAAAAUUUACCAAGGUGAAAGGCUUAUUCACCAAGAAACAAGAUCUUAUCUCUAGCAUUCAAUCGGAUCGUGGACGGCGGAAACAAGGCGACGAGCCAAUCUUGUUUUCUGUUCAGGGACAAUCAACUAGUGAACUAAAUGGACAAUUUGUUCACUCUCAAAUCUUUAUUGAUAUUCUACUUCGAAUAAAACCAACUCAAGAAGAUAGAGACGAACUCAAUUUUCUUCUUCACAAGAUAUACAAAGGAAAUGCUAGUGAAUUAGCGAUUGUCAAAGAAUUCGAUGAGAAAUAUCGAGCUGAUGAUGCACUGUGGUGGUACACAAGAGAAUCGUUCGUUUAUCGAUUGUUAAACAAAGCUCUUCGAGUACAAAAUAUUGAUAUUCUCUUUCUAUUUCGAUUUUUUAUCAUUGAUCUUCAACAACAGCUCGCUAAAUAUCGAUGUACCAUGCCCAUUCGUCUCUACCGGGGUCAAAAAAUGUGCAAAGACGAAGUACAAAUGUUACGCAACUCCAUUGGUCGAUUCGUGUCAUUCAAUUCUUUUCUAUCAACCAGCACCGAUUCUUCCGUAGCACAUAAGUUCUUAAUGCAAACGUCUGGUGAGGGUGAAAGAGUCUUAUUCCAAAUCGAUGCCGAUCCUACUAUUUCAACAAAACCUUUUGCAGAUAUUACUCAACGUAGUCAUUUUUGUAAUGAAAAAGAAGUGUUGAUUAUGCUUGGAUCAAUCUUUCGAAUUAUUGACAGUCUACAUGGAGGCGGAGAAAAGAAUCUUCUCUCAUUUGGCAAUGUACUUGCAGAGAUGGGUAGAUUUGAUGAAGCCGAAAAAUAUUAUUUUCGUCUACUAAAACAUCUUUCUGCAGAUAAUCCAGACACUGCUCGUUGUUAUCAUGGACUCGGCAAUAUAGCUGAUGAAAAAGAGGAUUACGAUGCAAGUCUCGAGUGGCAUCAAAAGUCACUCCAAAUAAGAACUGAAGCAUUACGCGCAGAUCAUCCUCAUCUCGCGGCGAAUUAUAUUAGUAUUGGCUGUGCAUUUUUUAAUCAAGCAGAUUAUCAACAAGCUUUUGAAUCCUUUGAAAAAGCACAUGAUAUUAUCGAAACAGCAUUUGGUGCCAGUCAUCCCGAUGUUGCCGUGUGUUUGAAUAACAUGGGUUGUGUCUACGAACGCGAACAAAAGUAUAUCACGGCGUUGAGAUACCACGAGAAAGCGUUGAGGAUUCGUUUAAAAUGUUUACCUGAAUAUCAUCCUGAUGUGGCUCAAUCUUACCAUAAUAUUGGUAAUAUCUAUCGUGCGUUGCGAGAGUAUGAUGUUGCAUUAGAAAACUAUCAGAAAGCAUUGGAAAUCCAAUUCAAAUCUUUACCUUCUGAUCAUCGUGAUAUUGCUUUCACCUUGGAAAAUAUUGGUAACGUGUACAACGAUAAAGAAAAUUUUCAAGAAGCACUUUCAUAUUAUAAAAAAGCAGAAUUCAUUUAUGAUCGUUCUUUACCGCCUACACACAUGACUGCAUUCUCAUCAAGUAAGUUCAUCUACAGUUACUGGUACUAUAUGGGGGCUGGGGAUAGCAGCAACAAUAGAAAUGUCACAGGACUGGCACCAAUACGCGUACAGCAUUCCAAUCCACUUCUUUAUACAUUAGGUAAAGAUCAUAUGAACAUUCAAACGUAUUGGAUUAUGGUUUUACAAUUAAUUGUGAGAGAUAUCAUCAUUCAGCGUAUUUGGAAUAAAUUCCGUUAUAAAACAUUCUCCACCACACAAGAAAUAGCACUAGGAUGUUGGAUGUUUGGCGAACAAAUAAAGGAAUACAGGCAAUUGAAUAAUGCUGUGCAAGCGAGAAAUCGCCAGUCCUUGACUAGCGAACGCUCGACAGCAUGCAGCAAAGUCACGACGAAGUCUCGAAAUAUAUUUAUUGGUAAUAUAAAUGCAUCUGCUGCGCCGACCAUAUGGCUUAUCACUGUAUUUUUGCAAUCUGCGAACGCUCUUCAGAAAUGUGAUAUCAAUGACAUUUGCCUAUUUGUUUAUGUUCAUUAUUUAUAUCCUUCUUUUAAUGUGUGGAACGAUUUUCUUGAUGGUGGUUUCAUUGAUGCCGGGCAUUAG